UCUAACUUUCCUCCCUGAGCGAUCCCUUCCCGCUCUCCAGAUGCUCUGGCAGUGGCGCUUCCACUAACACGUCAACGUCCGAGGAGAAAACAUCGAUGGAGUAAGUCCUCAAGGACCGUCCUUUGUGGUACUGACUUUCAUUCCGAGGCAGUUAUCCGUGUUAUCGUGUUUCUCAAAUGAGCUUUACAAGAGAAAAAAGAAAGGAAAAUAUGAUGACUUUUCCGGACUGAAAGAACUUCUAGGGCUGAUGGAGAUGCAUAUGGAAAAAGUAGGAGAUAUAGAAAUAAUAAAGUGCAAUGUUAACAAUUCAGAAAGUUGUCGGUCUAAUGAAUUGGAAGAGAGAAGUGAGAAAGCUGAAGCAAAGUGUGCUGAAUUAGAAUUAGAGCUUCAGAAGAAAAAUAAGUAUUGUGAAGAACUUGAGGCUAAAUUUAAUUUACUGAAAAAUGGAAAAUUUGCAAUGGACGAUAAGCUGAAGUUUUUGAGCUCAUCAAGUGAAGCGCUCAAAACAAACCAAUUCAGUAGUGAAAGAGAGAAGAAGAAGAAGAAGAAGGAUGUUGAUUUAGAAGAGGAGGAUGAAGGGGAAGAUAAGGUUUCUCAACUAACAGUUGAAAUGAGGGUCUUGGAAAUUGAGAAGAUAAAGGCUGAGAGUGAGGCUCAGGUCUGGAAAGAAAGAUUCAAGAGAUUGGAAUCAAAGGCAUUGGAGUCAGGGCUGAAACUUGCCAAUUUUCAUGAAGGAAAUGGAGUGCAAGAUAGCGUCUUGGUUAAACCUGAAGAAUUCUCACAUCCAGGAACUAGCUUGAACUUCUUGCAGAAGCAGGGGAAAGUGAUGAAUAUGGAUGAUGUUGCUUCUUGCAACUCGCUAUCAGCAGGGACUACUUCUACUGAAAUCUGUUGGGGAUAUCUUUUACAUGACAAAGCACCGCUUUACAGGAGAGCUAGAAAACAUUUGGCUUUAGAAUCUGAGCAGAGUCCCUGCAACAAGAUGGUUCCAUGUACACCUAGGGGUCAAAAACCUUCUACCAAUGCAGUUUACAUUAUUGACAGUGAUGAUGAACCUAAUAUUACCCAACAACCUAUGCUGGAUAAUCAGGAUAGCGGAAACAUUUCUUUUUCAACAUGUGUUGCAACAGAAGAAGAAAAGUUGUCAGAUAAGAGUUUGAAAGCGAGUUCUUAUGGUGGAAACAAUGAAGAUUUGAAUUUUGGCACGGAUUUACAAUUUACUGCAAGGCCUAAGAGGAAACGAACACAGAAUGUUGUUACUAGUGAGUCUGAAAGUGAUGAUGAUAAGCUGCCAAUUUCUAAACUCAGGAGGAUGAUAAGUGCUGACCAAGUCAGAUGCAACUUGAAUGAAUUAGUGAUUGCCACAUCUCCUGUAGAUGACCAGGUCACUGAUACUGUAACCCCUAGGCGGCGUCUAGUGCCCCUCAGAAAAUGUGUGAUUAAGAGUCAGCAAGAUAAAAAGUCUUUAUGUGGACCUAGUGAGGACAAGCAUGAGCAAAUUAUCCCUACGAAUGGGGAGACUGAUGAUGAUGAAUUGGAAGAGGUUUCAUCAGACAGUGAGGAGGGAAGCUUAAGUAAUUUUAUUGUCCAUGAUUCUGAUGUAUCUGAUCAAGAAGAUGCAUCUUGCGAUGGUAAGGCAGAAUCUCAUUCGCAGGAUGUAUCUGAUGGUCAGGUAGAUAGAAAGUCUUCAUGUAGACCUAGUGAGGACAAGCAUGAGCAAGGUAUCCUUGCAAAUAAGGAGAUUGAUGACAACAAGUCAGAUGAGGUUUCGCCAGCCAGUGGGGAGGGAAGCUUAGGUAGUUUUAUUGUCCAUGAUUUGGAUGCAUCUGAAGACGCAUCCGAUGGUGAUGUAGACUCUGAUUCCCGGGACGUAUCUGAUGGGGAUCUAAACUUAAAUGAGAUUCUUUCACAAAUACAAAGGAAUAAAGACCAGAAAAGGAAGUGGGAAUUUGAGGCUGACAUGCUUGCAGCAUUCGGAAAGGAUCCUCAAAUAUGCAUGAAGGCUGUAUGUACUCUUUAUCGUCAGCAAACUUCUGAGGAACGGACAAUCAAGGGAUCAUUGCACUACAAUGGGAGGGGAUUUAGCAAUGUUGAUGCUUUCAGAGGCAGUACUUUGGCUGAGUUCCUCACCGAUGGAGAUCCCCUCGGUGAUGUGAAAAAGUCUGUCAAGGAGUUGAAGGAAUAUGAUCCGAAAGGAGUUGAAAUAUGCAGAACAAUGGCGCUUCGCUACUCAAAGCAGCUUUUUGAAAUCUACAAGAACAAAGAAGAUCCUUUCUUUCCGUGAGAACGUAGGCCAGCAACAUUUGAAUCAUUGUGAUGAUCGUGCAAGAUGACAGCAGAGGGAAUGACCCUGUAAAUGAAGAUAACCCAUUCAGCAAACACAAUCGUUAUGUAAAUAAUAAUGUUGCGGAGGUAAACCACGAGUUAAAAAAAGGAAUGUGUGAAGGACAAGUUAACGAGGAAAGAGGAAAGCGCGGAGGAGCCCGUGUGAGAAGGAGGAGGGCAUUAUAAAAAGGAAGUUUGGUGAUUGUUCAUCUUGGCCGGCCGAACAUCUCUCCCACAAUUUUUGCAUACGGGGCUUUCUCUCACUUCUCUCUAUCUUAAAAGUUUGAAGACAGAGAGGGAGGGAGAGGGAGAGACAAAGGAAAACAGAAGAGAACAGGAUUGA